GGACAGUACAAGCACCUGCGACCGUGGGGGGAGGCGAUGGAAGAUGAGGAGGAUGAACUCACUGAGAAGGAAAAAUGUUAUAUGGAGAAGAAGAAGGCGGAAUGGUCGAAAGCUAAGGUCACAGCGGGCAGAGAACGGAAGAGGGUAUCUGCGUAUGGAUCAGGUGCGAGGAAUGGCUUCCUCCCACUUGCAUCCAAUCGAUGGGUGGAGUCUAUGAGUUGUGCGUUCGGCAGCAGGAUCUGGAACCUGGACACGUACAACUACGUGGCCCCCUUUGAUGUAAGGGGGUACACUCUAAUGGCCACAGUUGGACAAGAUGAAACCAAGAGCUGCUUCGAUCGAGCGAUGGACAUGGUGACUGUACCGCCAAAGGUCAAGUUCCCGUUUAGUGGAGAUGGUGUUAGCCUCCCACGGAUGAGUGUCAUGGAUGGCACUAAGUGUUCUUCAGCGGAUCCUUCAGUUUCGAUCAAGGGUCCGAUGCGACCACAGAACCCCGCCCCGAUGCCAGAGCUGAAGCGGAUCUGGAAUAUGGGAAAACCGUAUGUCAAGUGCAGAUGCGUCACUUUCGGAAGAGACGACUGCGGCAAAGGACCAGCGUGGUUUGAUCACCUGUUAUGGUUCAUCUUUAGGGAUCUGGACAUUCUGUUCCCCGAUGCCCCAUCACUCAAAGCGAAGGUCUGGCUGAUGCUUGGGCUCCUCGAGGGCAGUUGGAGACCUUUGGUUCUUUGGUCAAUCAUCUUCAAUUACAUGAGGGAGGCGAUGAUGGUGCUGGUGAAAAAAGUAAUGACGGAUCCUACGUUGACUGCAGAGACUGUUUUGAACGAAGUACAGGGAGCGGAGAACAAAAUGUUCAAGGAGGUGGCCAAGUUGUUGCUGCCCAACAAGUAUUUGAAGAAAACCACAGGAAAAAGGCAGAGACCUGAUGUGACAGCAUCGUCAUCCAAGCGUUUACAAGAGGAUGCGCACACGUCGUUGGACGCAUUUAUGGAGUCUUCACCACAGAGCACUCCCGCAACCGAUCAGCCGGAGAAAGAUCUCACGUCCUCGGUCAACGAUCAGGACAGUAGCUGGACAGCGUGUUGGUCUCCCACCUGGCCUCCGUGCUGGUCGAGGUGUCGCUAGGUCUGUCUUCAGAGGAUAGGACUUAUAAGUUUGGUCCUGUUGAUUGGUUGUGCAGGUACAAAAGGGCAGAGUUCUGCGAGGAGCGUUUGGUAGGUUGCGUUGGCAGAAGAACGACGAUCAAUCGGAUAAGAGCAAGAAAUUCAUUCAUAUUCACUAUGUUGGAUGAAUGAUGGAAAGGAUAAAUGCUAGGCAGGUGU